AUGGAUUCGUGGCUUGUGACUUUAAGUCUAUUUGUUGGAGCUCUUGGAGCCUUUUAUAUAUUUCUAAUAUGGAAUUUAGGUAGUUGGAAGAAACGUGGUGUUCCGGAGGCUAAAUCAUAUCCAGGAAUUGGAACAUUCCCAUCGUUGUUUACCCAAAAACGCAACGUUGUCUACGAUUAUGAUGAAGUUUACAGACAAUACCGCAGCACAAAUAAAUUCGUUGGUGUCUACAAUGGCAGAGAACCACAGCUGUUUAUAUUGGAUCCUGAUCUUGUGCAUCGAAUUCAUGUCAAUGAUUUUAAACAUUUUCAUGACAACGCCCUUAGCGAUACGAUUGAUGAAAAAUCCGAUGCAAUUGUUGGCAACAAUCCGUUCUUCUUAAGAGGGGAGGAAUGGAAGGAAAGACGUAAUGAAUUGGUGCCAGGAAUGUCACCAAAUCGGAUAAAAAAUGUCUAUCCCGUAACACUGGAGAUAUGUAAACGUUUAACAGAUUUCAUAAGGCAACAGGCUGGAGAACAGAACAACAAUGGUAUUGGAGCCUAUGAGCUAUUUCUGCGUUACACCACAGAAGUGUUGGCUAGAAAUCCCAGGGCUCAAGAGAAAUUACGUGAGGAAAUUCUGAGCAACAUUAAUGAGGAGGGUUUUGUAAGUUUUGAAAGUCUUUCGGAGAUGCCAUACUUGGAUGCUUGCUUUAAUGAGGCCAUUCGUCUAUUCUCCCCAUUAUCCGCAAAUACAAAACUGUGCACCCAACCAUAUGAAUUCGUAAAUUCCGAUGGAACAUCUUUCCAAAUGAAAAAGGGUGAAAUCGUUUUUAUAUCAUAUCGUAGCAUACAUCAUGACGAGCGAUAUUAUAAGAAUCCCGAAGAAUAUAUACCGGAGAGAUUUUUACCCGAAAAUGGUGGUGUCAAGAAAUUUAGAGAGGAGGGCAAAUAUUUAGGUUUUGGUGAUGGACCACGAAUUUGCAUGGGAAUGCGUUUUGGUGCUACCCAAGCUAAGGCAGCUAUUGUGGAAAUUAUAAGAAAUUUCCAUGUGAAAGUAAAUUCAAAAACUAGCAAUGACAAUUUAUUAGAUAAACAUGAAAUUGUUGCCGUUUUGGAUGGUGGCAUUUGGUUGGAUUUUACACCAAUUAACUAA